AUGAACUUUUUUCUGUUUUUUUAUACCUCUCUAGUUACAAUGUCUAGUUUGUAUGAUGUACCAGGUUACACUAAAGAUACAUUAUAUAAUGUAUAUUAUGAGUAUCAGUUGCAUCUAACAGAAAACAUAAAUAAUAUGAUCAUUUGUGAUGACAUUAAACAAACUUUAGUCGAGGACAUUCCACUUAACGUAGAUAUCAAAAAAUGCGAAUUCAAUAUAGCUAUUUUAGACGUGGGAGGUAGCUUUUUCAAGAUAGCUGUUAUAAAUAUAAAAGUAGUAGAUGGAAAAUUAAAAACUGAAACAACUUCUGUUAAAAAUUUCGAAUAUCCUAUUGAAUCAAAAAAUGAACAAAUCUUCUGGUACGACUGGGUAUCAGACAAGUUUGUAGAAUACAUGCUCAAUAAUGAUAUAAAGACAGAUCUGUCUAGUUUAAUAUUUUCAUAUCCUAUAAAAUAUAAGGGUGGAAAGUCUAUGCCGAUGGCUUUAGCAAAACAUUGGUGCUUUGAAUUUGAAGAAACUUUGAAAUCAGAUCUUAAAGAGACUUUAAAUCAUGCAAUAAAAAAUAAAUUAUUUGAUAAUUUAACAUCCUUAGAUUCAACUGUAGAUUCUACUGGACUUCUUGUGAAUUGUGUUUUAAAUGAUUCUGUAGCUACGUUUUUAUCAUCAAAAGUGAUACUAGAUGACAUUGCAAUAGGCAUUAUUUUAGGAACUGGGACAAAUGGUUCAUUUAUAAUUAAAUGCGAGGAUAAAGAAUAUGUUUACAACGCUGAGUGGGGUUCUUUUGUUCCUAAAAGUCUUGCACUUACAGAUGAAGAAACGGAUUUUAUAAACAGUUUACAAAAGAAAUAUAAUUUAAUGGAUAUAUUAAUAGGAAAUGGCUAUAAAUGUGGCCUUAUUAAUCAGAUUAUUAAGACCAGAAGCCUAAAUUUAAUAGAAAUUGAAGGUGAUUGUGUAAAACAUAUACUUCAAAAAGAUGAUGACGACGAACACAAAAUUAUUCUUCAAAAAUUGAUUUAUAGAUCGAGACAAUUAAUGUCAAUGUUAGUAUGUGGUUCUAUAAAUGUUAUUAAAGCAAAUAAAAUAUGUAUUUUAUUAAAUGGAUCAGGAUAUAGCGAUGAUUGUGAAAGACAAGCUCUUUUAAAAAUGAUUCAAAAUUAUGCAAAAGAAAUUUGUGGUCUCGAUGUAGAAAUAAAAAUACACUACGAGGAAGGUCUAACAUUUAUCGGCGCGGCGUAUUAUUCGCUUGUAAAAUUUUUAAAUGAAAACGUGAAACCGAAAAAAACAAUGAAUUAA